AAGCACUCACCUCAUCACCGACAUGUCCUAUCAAAUGCAGUAGAUAUAUCACAAAAAGUGCUGUAUAAUCAUUGAUAUUUGCCUAUGUCUCGCAAUUGUAUGCUUGUUCAUAACCUACUUCUGCUGUUGUGGCAGAAUAGGUAAAAUUGUUCUAUUAUCGCUCGACUAAAUAAAUAAUUAAAAAAAAAAAAAUUGUAAAGGGGGUUGUAAAGGCAGAAAGAAUCUUUGAAGGUUCUACCUGAUGCUUGGGACACCAGUCGGGCAACAAAAUACUAGAUAAGUAUGACAACUGCAGAAUUUAUUUAUAUCUGGAUUAAACUCUUAGAGUUUCUGUUUGUUUCCUUGAAGAUGGGAGGGAGCGAUGUCCUCAUCUAUGAUUUAACAGCAAUUUUGGGUAUUAUUACAGCUCCCGCUCCAGGCAUCCUGGAAAGUUCUUCACAAAACAUCCAUCCUUGACUCUGGUUUCUAUGGUCACCAUGGCGAUGAUCCACAAUUCCAGCCCCGACACCUGAAACCAGCAGGUGUCAUUGUUUGGGAUGUAAUAGAUACAAGCCAGUGGGAGGAGAGGUGACCAGAGUCUAUAUGGAGAGAUACAUCACUGUCUAAACUGUGUGAGAUCUGUUCUGGAUCAGAGAGGUCAUAGACUGGUAAGGCUAGCCCCUAAUUCCACAUUGCACUCUUCUAAACCUUCCUUACUAAUUUCUUAACUUUGUUUUCCUUCACAAAUUCAUACAUUUCUGCACUAACUACUUCAAUCUUUGGCUACCUUUUGGGUGGAUAAAUCCUUUAACAGAGUCCAGGAAGCCAUUUCAUAAUUUUUGCAGAUGUAAAAUAUCCAAUCCCUUUUUCCAUAUUCUAGCUUCUAUCCAUUGGGUUCUGGGGGUCUCCUUCUGUUAAAGGAGAAAUCAUACUUUACAGUUUGAAUACUUAUCUUUAAGGUAUCUCAAAUCACUAUCCGAAGGACUUGAGACUUGACGAAACCAUAGACCCAGUCAUGUCUAAGUUAGAAACGGCAAUGGAUACUCUAAUCUCCGUUUUCCAUACGUACUCCGAGCGCGAAGGGGAUAAAGAGAAGCUGAGUAAGAGAGAGCUGAAAGAUCUUCUACAGAAUGAGCUGGGGGAAUUCCUUGAGGUAAGACCCAACUACUGGAAGAGUUUGUUGAAACAUCUAUUUAAGAGAGAGUUUUUAAAUUGUCACUGACCUAAGGUCAUUGAUCUAAGGAGAAACAGACACACUUAUCUUUCUCGUCAGAUAUAAAUGUUUCUAGAUAUCUCAAGGGAUUUCACAAAGUGCAACAGGGUUCCUAUUUGAAAGGAGGUAAGGGAGCUAGAACAAGAGGACAUAUCAUGAAGUUGGAGAAAAGGAAUUGUGCUGGUGACAGAAAAUAUAUUAUUAUAUAUUUGUAUUUUUUAUUUUAUUUUUCUAUAUUUAUUUUAAUUUGUUGUAGAUACAUGGAAAUGUCUUUCAUCUAAGAUGGUAAAAACGGUAUAGUGGGAAAUAUCAUGUUAAACCUUAACAUAAAAGGUAACAAAAAAAAUAUAAAUCCUGUGCUGUACAUAUAAUAAAUUGACAAACUUAAUGGGUAAUUCAGCUGUUAUCACCCAUCGAAAACUGUUUGUUUGGGGUUUUUGCACUAAUCACCAAAUUGUACUGAACUGAACUGAACAACAUAUUGAAAAAUUUAGGCAAAAUUACCAAGCUGUCAUGGUAGCUUAAUUGAAGAUUUUUGGAGAAGAUUUUUUUUUUCUUUUCUAUUUUUUAAUUUGUUAAUAUUUGGUGUGAAGAGACUAAACCUCUAUAAAUUAAAAAAAAAAAACCUCUCCAAGCACAAUAACAACUAGAGCAUUUUGUACACACUCCUCCCCCAAUGUAAGUAUCAUUAUUGGCAUUUUAUUGCGCCAACUUAUUCUGCAGCAUUUUACAAUACUAUAAAGGGGGAACUUUAACAAUAAAUGUAACAAUUACAAGAUGUUACUGGAACAAUAGGUUGAUGAGGAUCCUGCUUAAAAGAGCUUACAAUCUAGAGGAUUGUCAAAGCAAUUUAGAAUGGUUUGACUUCUUACUUGUGGUCACCCAGGUAUCACUCCCUGCCUCCACUACAUCCUUCAGAGAGCCGAUAAAAUCAUUAACUCUCCCCCCACUCAUGGUGUAACUAUUAAAAUCAUAUUUUAAAUAUGAAAACAAGUACAUAUAUAAGUACUGGUGCUCUGUUCAUAGGGAAUUUCUAAUUUCCUAGAGUACAUGCUAUCCAUGAUUUGAGUCCAGCUUUCCCACUGGUAUGUUGUAUGCAAUAUACAAUGGUGGGCUAUCCUGUUUUAUUGUAUACUUUACCAGAUAUAAUAACCGUUAUGUCAUUUAUCUGUUAGCUAGUAAAAAUGUCUAUUUGUAUUACACGGGUUUACUGAGUAUUAUUUACACUAGUGGAUAAUGUGUGUCAUUUUCUUUGUGUUUUUUAUUUUUUUCCCUUUGUUUUCAUGGAGGUCACAUGACCACACAAUCUGUGAAUUUUUAUCUGGGUGCCAUUUGGUGUGUAUACACUUAGCCCUUUUCUCUAUCUUCAAAAUGGCCCAAAAAAUGUAUAACUUUAAAAUUGCAUUUUAACACAUGUAGCCUGUCCACUCUACCUUUACAUGUUUGAGUCAAUCUCUCUUAGGACCAAGUUGUAUUACAGUGGUAUAUGAAAGGGCCAGUCUCUCUUAGGGCCGACGUAUUUACAGUGCUAUCGAGAAAGAUCAGCCUCUCCUAGGGUCAAAGUGUGUUAAUGGAACACUCUAAACACCUUAAACACUACAAUGUACUGUCGUGGUUAUGUUGCCUGGAGUAUCCCGAGGCUUCUUGUUUUAAUUCUUAAAGGAACACUAUAGUUACCAGAACAACUACAGCUUAUUGUAGUUGUUCUUGUGAGUAUAGUCAGUCCCUGCAGCCUUUUUGUUAUAAGAAAAUGCAGAGAAAAUGCAGUGUUUACAUUACAGCCUAGGGACACCUCGAGUGGCCACUCCUCAGUUGGCUACUAGAGGUGAUUCCUGGGGCAGUGCUGCACAAUGUGCAGCACUGACAUUGAGUGUCUGACCCUAUAGUUUUCCUUUAACUUGAGUCUGCUGGCUUCCACACUCCCCACCACCACAAAGCAUCAGAAGCUCUCUGUCUGAGCUAAAGCCAGCAGUGCAGUGAUUAGCUAAUUGGCUGAGAGCGAUUAGCUCUCUUGCUAAGUUAAUGGAGGUAAGGAGUGACACCCAUUAAUCCCCAGGUAAAAAGUCAAACCAUUCUAAAGCUUACCACGGGGAGUGUGCCAGGGAAUCCUGUCACCAUAACCAUUGUAUUGGUUUUGGUGCCAAAAGUGCCCCGGUGCUGUACUGUAGGCCAAAGUGGUUAUAGUUCUUCUGCUAGCAUCAAAGUGUAUUAACAGUGUUAUAGGAAAGGAUCAGUCCUAAAGCCAAGGUGCAUUAAAUGAGCACAGUAGUUAUCCAGACCACGUCUGAGUGAAGGGGGCCUUUAGUAUGAAGCCUGCAAUGUAAAACAUGUCUUUAUUUUUUUUAGAAAUUGCAAUGUUUCUAGUGAAGAGUUAAAUCCACCUCUAGUGGCAGUCCUCCUGACAUCUAUGGGAUCUCCUUAAUAGUGGGAAUACUAUCAAGCCCCACCUAGCAUUAAACCCAAUGAAACACUAUGUAACUAGGAUCUACAGAACUAUAUUUACUGGUUCAUUGUGCUUUUCUGUCUGACAUCUAACAUGUCCCUAUUGUUUAUGUUCUUUCUAAAGACCCAGAAAGAUGCUUCUUCUGUAGACAAGAUUAUGAAAGAACUGGAUGAGAAUGGAGAUGGCGAGGUGGACUUUCAGGAGUUUGUUAUCUUGGUGGCAUCCCUGACAGUGGCUUGCAACUCUUUCCUCUCUGAGAACUCGUGAGCUCUGGGAUCUACUGUAGACUGAGAACUGUUAUAUAAUACGAAAACUUUAUCUCUGAUUAAAUAUCGUAUAAUCGUCUCUUGGCUCUGAUUUGUUCUUUUGUCAUUGCAAAGGUAAUUAAGUCAUUUAACCCCUUAAGGACACAACUUUUGAAAUAAAAGGGAAUCAUGAUGGAAUAUUUCCGCCAUGUGUCCUUAAGGGGAUAAAAUGAUGAUUCUCCUGGCUUGAUACAAGUACUUGGUUAAGUACAACAAUCAGAAAAGAAUCAUGCUGUCUUCCCU